GGGCGCUUCCAGAUGACCCAGGAGGUGGUGUGUGACGAGUGCCCCAAUGUCAAAUUAGUGAAUAAAGAACGAACACUAGAAGUAGAAAUAGAGCCCGGCGUGAGAGAUGGCAUGGAGUACCCCUUCAUUGGAGAAGGUGAGCCUCAUGUGGACGGAGAACCCGGAGACUUACGAUUCCGAAUCAAAGUUGUCAAUCACCGUAUAUUUGAGAGGAGAGGGGAUGAUUUGUACACAAAUGUGACAAUCUCGCUAGUUGAGGCUCUGGUUGGCUUUGAAAUGGACAUCACUCACUUGGAUGAUCACAAGGUACAAAUUUCCCGGGAUAAGAUUACCAGGCCAGGAGCCAAGCUCUGGAAGAAAGGGGAAGGGCUUCCCAACUUUGACAACAACAACAUCAAGGGCUCUUUGAUAAUCACUUUUGAUGUGGGUUUUCCAAAAGAACAGCUGACAGAGGAGGCAAAAGAAGGUGUCAAGCAGCUGCUCAAGCAAGGAUCCGUGCAGAAGGUGUACAACGGACUGCACGGCUAUUAGGAGUGAAAGAAAUCAGACUUUGGUUGAAAUAGGUGGAUCAGCGGUAUUUAUUAUCUGCAGGGGUUUUUGUGUGUGUUUCAUUAUUUUCAAUAUGCAAAUUCGGCUUAAUCUUUUUUUUUUCCCCCUGAUGAUCGUCAUGUCAUAAAUAAGAGGUUUGAGAAUCUGUCUAUUGUAUUCAGACAAGAAUGACCGGCAGAAGGUUAACUAAUACCUCUCCCUCUGGAGAUAUAAUGUCUGGUGCUGUUGCCCGAGGUCCAAGGAGAAACCUCUCAGAGGAUGCCAGAGCACAGGAAACCAGAUGAGGGGUUAGAGAUAAUUGUUAGCUAUUUCAAAAUGCAAACUGGAGAAGUCUGUUUUUAAAUACAUCUUGUUGUUAUUAAAAAAA